AUGCGCGUUCUGCCCAGUUCGAUCGGCAACGGGAGCGGAAAGAGGAAAGCUGAGAGCCCGAAGGCAGUAAGCCCCCACCACCGCCGGCCCAGGUUACCAUCUAGCACCGGGAAAAAUAGCAGAGAGCCGCCGCCGGCAGAAGCCAUUACCAACGAGUAGUAAGCAUGAGCAGCGAGGCCGAGACACAACAACCUUCGCAGCCUGCUGCGGAUGCGGAGAGCCCAUCCAGCCCGACAGCCGCAGCUUCCGCGGGGGAUAAGAAGGUCAUCGCAACAAAAGUCUUGGGUACAGUCAAAUGGUUCAACGUCAGGAAUGGAUAUGGUUUCAUCAACAGGAAUGAUACAAAGGAGGAUGUAUUUGUACACCAGACGGCCAUUAAGAAGAACAACCCGAGGAAAUAUCUCCGCAGUGUUGGAGAUGGAGAAACUGUGGAGUUUGAUGUAGUCGAGGGAGAGAAGGGAGCAGAGGCAGCUAAUGUCACUGGCCCAGGAGGCGUCGCAGUCCAGGGAAGCAAGUACGCCGCAGACAGGAACCGCUAUCGGCGCUAUCCACGAAGGAGGGGCCCUCCCCGCGGCGGAGACUACCCAGAGAACUACCAGAGCGACGAAGGCGAGUCUGGAAGCGGAGGACGUGACAAGAGCAGAGAGGGGGGAGACAUCGCCCCCGAGGGAGACUCGCAGCCACAGCAGCGCAGACCAGGUUACCCUGGCAGACGGCGCUACCCGCCAUACUUUGUACGUAGACGCUACGGCCGUCGGCCCCCGUACACCAACGCACCACGCGGAGAGAUGACUGAGGGAGGUGAGGGUGACGAAGCCCCGGUAGGUCCAGACCAGGGUAACAAACCAGUGAGGCAGAACUAUUACAGAGGCUUCCGACCAAGGUUCAGACCAACAAGGGGUCCAUCCCGUCCCAGACCGGUGCAGGACGGCGAGGAGGACAAGGAGAAUCAGGGCGGCGAAGGUGGACAGAAUCAGCAGCCCCGCCAGCGGCGCUACCGUCGUAACUACAACUACCGCCGCAGACGCCAACAGACUGGUGGCAAACCUGGCCCGGAAAACAAAGAGGCCAAGACAGGAGGUGACCCAUCUGCAGAGAAAACGUCCGCUCCCGAGGCCCAGCAGGGUGGGGCUGAGUAGGAAACAACCUGCACACCGGCACCUACCAUCUUGUACCAUCGUCCGGUUUUUCGUUUGUCAACAAGAAGAAACAUCAAACAAGAUCUGAGCAAUAAAGAUUUGACUCUAAGACCGUCACAAGCUUGCACCAUGCAUUUGACCAGAUUACCACUGAUUGCCUGCAGAAUCUAUGCAGACUUGUGUUUUCUUUUCCCAUUAUUUUUUUGUGACAGCUACAAAACAUUUUGGGGAAACAACAAAUGUUUUUCUAAAUCUGUCCUAAGUUUUUACACCAAAUGGUUUUUAAAGACAAAAAAUUGAAAUUUGAUAUCUGGUCAGUUUGACAUUUUUAAAUAACUUUUUAUGUAUUCAGACAUUUUAACAAAAUGCAAGCUCAAAUAAAUCUUCAGAAACCAGGAAAA